AUGCAAACAAAUACAUACAACAAAAGAAUAAACCAACUAAAAUGUAAAUUGAUCAUGUCCAAAGAACAAUACUCAACAAAUUUACCUUACGAAACACGUAUGAACACCACCAACGAUUUACCUAAUAGUGCAGUACUAACUCGUACAGCUCCACCUUACCGUUCUAUAUCAGCUAAACGACCACGUGAUCCAUCUCAUCGUAAAAGUGUCUCAUUUAAUGAUGUUCCCAUUGUUCAUGAGGUGCCAUCUCAUGAUGCGAUGCGUGGCGCCAACUGUGAUCCUUAUCGAUCAUGGCUAUACACUGACCCGACAUCCCCCAUAGCCACGAUUCCGUCAUUGUAUUCAACACAAGCGAUUUCGCCAUUUAAUUCGACUAGUAUUACUGCACAAAAAUUACAUGCAAACCGGUUAAGUAGUGCGCUCUAUGCAACAUCAUCAACGACGAUAACGCCAAAUCGAAUGCCAGAUUGGGCUGUUCGAACUAAAAUACAGAAGCCGGCGUCAACCACCGAAGAAGCAAAUUCUACAAAUGAAAAUAAUCCACCGACGAACACAAGUAUUCCUGACUCACAAAUAACGUCUGAAGAUAAAUUGAAUAAAGAGCCAGUAAUUAAAGAUAGCCAUCAACCUAUUGUUAGUUUUCAAUCAGCAUCAGUAUUAUUACCUUCAUCGACGACGGUCACUUCCGAGAUGAAUGAAGACAGAAAGUAUGCUUCUCGCCCGACAUCACUGAUACCUGAAACGGAACAUGUUCGUGGUCUUUCAUUUAUGAACGGUUCACUAACGAAUUCGUCAAUGACAUAUGCAUCAAUUUUGUCUACAAAUCUUAGUCAAACAAAUAAUUCUACAAAUGAAUCCAUGACAUAUCCUAAUUCACGUCUAUCACGUAUUCGUUCAGCCAUAACACCUUCAACAAUAGGUCAAUCAUCAAUACGUACCAACGAACCUAUAUCCAUUUCACCGCUUCGUGCGACAGCCGUGGCAGCCACAGCAACAACAACCGUGCCUUUUUCAGUGAAUGUUCCAACACCGGCAACAAGGGCAAUCUUACGACCAUCAACAGUUGCAUUUCAGUGCACACCACCGUCAACCCUGGUAACAUCCAACACUAAUUCAACAAACAAUGUAUCGGCAGCACCGUCUACAACGGCAACGAAUAUUAUCAAUACAACAAAUCCUCCGUCGUCGUCGUCGACAACAGCAACACAUUUAAUGAAACCGCCAUCGAUAGCACCACGUUUUCAUGCAUCAGCUGCAACAACAGCAGCCGCUCAUUCUCGUUUUGUUCUGCCGCAAAACCGGCCACUGACAUCAGCUACCUUAUCCGCAGCUGCAAUGAAAUAUACUCUUGCUCAUCCGACCAUCGAAUCAUCCUCGACAAUGUCGAGAGCACCUCCAACAGCUUAUCCUCGAUCGCGUUCAGCCAACGUCUUGAGUAUGCGACGUACACAAGCAUCGUCCAUCAAUAUGGUCGAUGGUCAAUCGCAUGGUAAUGCGACAGCGUCUUCAUCAACUGAUCCAACGAAUCAUUUGUACGCAACGACAAGACGGAGUCCAAACGUGAGACAAAACUACGGUUCUUAUUAUAUAAAUCGUGUUUUAUUACCCACAACUACCAAUUGA